AUGCGUCAAAGCGGUAAUUUUUUCUCUAUUUGGAAAGCACCUCUAACACUGCUGAAAAUCAUUUCCAGUGUAUAUUUACUUACUGUUAUGUUGCUCUUCCAUCCAGCCCAGUUGGACAAAUCUGUUAUUAAGUCCUUCAUUUUAACUAAUAGCAUCAUUGACAUCCAAGUAAUCAACAAUUUAAAUUUAUAUGAACAAGAUGGCUUCGACUGUUCUUUAUUCGCAUUUGUUGACUUCAGUGGUCACUUAGUCAAGGGGACUAAGUACUACAUACCUCAUGCAGAAUAUGCUUAG